AUGUGACUUGGUUUUCAGACAAGAAGAAAUCUAAGAAACGUCAUUACGAUGAUGACGAUGACGAUGAGGAUGAAACUCCUGGUAAAGAGUCUCAGGAAGCAGUUCCAUCUGCCGCAGGGAAGCAAGUGGAAGAGUCUGGGAUCAAAGAGGAUGAAUAUGGGGCAAAAGAUUAUAGACACCAGAUGCUUCUAAAGGGCGAUCAUUGCUCACGUCCACUCUGGGUGGCUCCUGAUGGCCAUGUUUUCCUGGAAGCCUUUUCUCCUGUUUACAAAUAUGCCCAGGAUUUUCUGGUUGCUAUUGCUGAACCUGUGUGCAGGCCAACGCAUGUACACGAAUACAAACUCACUGCUUACUCGCUUUAUGCUGCUGUCAGUGUUGGUUUACAAACCAGUGACAUCACUGAAUAUUUGCAAAAGCUGAGCAAGACUGGUGUCCCAGAUGGAAUAAUUCAGUUCAUCAAGCUGUGUACUGUGAGCUAUGGAAAGGUAAAACUAGUCCUGAAACACAACAGGUAUUUUGUAGAAAGCACCCACCCUGAGGUCAUCCAGCAGCUUCUUCAGGACCAUGUCGUCAAAGACUGUCGGCUGAGAAAUGCUGAGGGAGAAGAAACAGAGCUCAUCAUGGAGACAUUCACGAGUAAAUCAGCAAUUUCCAAAUCUAGUGAAGGAGGCCCUUCAACAUCCCAAGGGACAGACACUCAGAAUAAAUCAGAUGUCCCGGCUGAUUUAUUUGAGUUUUAUGAGCAAAUGGACAAAGAUGAGGAGGAGGAGGAAGAAACACAGACUGUAUCUUUUGAAGUUAAGCAGGAAAUGAUUGAAGAGCUUCAAAAGCGUUGCAUCCAUUUGGAGUACCCUUUGCUGGCAGAGUAUGACUUCAGAAAUGAUUCAGUGAAUCCUGAUAUUAAUAUAGACCUGAAGCCCACAGCUGUUCUCAGACCGUAUCAGGAGAAAAGCCUAAGGAAGAUGUUUGGGAAUGGGCGUGCUAGAUCUGGCGUUAUUGUUCUGCCAUGUGGUGCUGGCAAAUCUUUAGUUGGAGUUACAGCUGCAUGUACAGUCCGCAAGCGUUGCCUGGUUCUUGGCAAUUCUUCUGUCUCAGUGGAGCAGUGGAAAGCCCAAUUCAAAAUGUGGUCCACCAUAGAUGACAGCCAAAUCUGUCGAUUCACUUCAGAUGCCAAGGACAAGCCUAUUGGCUGCUCUGUUGCAAUUAGCACCUACUCUAUGUUGGGACACACAACUAAGAGGUCUUGGGAAGCAGAGAGAGUAAUGGAAUGGCUUAAAAGUCAAGAGUGGGGUCUUAUGAUACUUGAUGAGGUGCACACUAUACCUGCCAAAAUGUUUAGACGUGUGCUCACCAUUGUGCAAGCUCACUGCAAACUGGGACUGACUGCUACUCUUGUCAGAGAAGAUGACAAAAUUGUCGACUUGAAUUUCCUGAUUGGACCAAAACUCUAUGAGGCCAACUGGAUGGAGCUGCAGAACAACGGCUACAUUGCUAAAGUUCAGUGUGCUGAGGUUUGGUGCCCAAUGUCUCCAGAGUUUUACAGAGAAUAUGUGGCUAUCAAAACAAAGAAGCGAAUAUUGCUCUACACUAUGAACCCAAAUAAAUUCAGAGCAUGCCAGUUCCUGAUUAAAUUUCAUGAACGAAGGAAUGACAAGAUCAUUGUAUUUGCUGACAAUGUGUUUGCGCUGAAGGAGUAUGCAAUCAGACUGGGGAAACCUUACAUAUAUGGUCCUACUGCACAAGGAGAGAGAAUGCAGAUCCUACAGAACUUCAAGCACAAUCCAAAAAUCAAUACUAUCUUUAUUUCCAAGGUAGGUGACACGUCCUUUGAUCUGCCAGAAGCCAACGUUCUGAUUCAGAUUUCGUCCCAUGGUGGGUCUCGAAGACAAGAGGCUCAAAGAUUGGGACGAGUGCUGAGAGCCAAAAAAGGUACAAUUGCAGAGGAAUACAAUGCCUUCUUUUAUUCCCUUGUAUCACAAGAUACUCAGGAAAUGGCAUAUUCAACCAAACGGCAAAGGUUUUUGGUAGAUCAAGGAUACAGCUUCAAGAGUGGCGUUAAAAAUCAUUGACAGAAGAAAACUAAUGGAAAAGAUGAUACAAGCAGGCAUGGAUGCAUCAGACACAAUGGCUAGACAUAGGGCCACUGCAGUUACUAUGUAAAGAGCAUCAUGCCUCUGGACUUCCUAGGGAGACACAGAAUUCAAUAGAUUCUUCAGUUUUGGGUACAGAUUGAACAGACAUACUGAUGCUGCUACUUUACAUGUCAGAAAAGACUUCAGAGUCACAACAUGGUCACUGGACACUCAGUCCCAAACUGCAAGCUCUUUAGAUACAAAAGGCAAACUAGACAGACACCCCUCUACGGCCAGCAAGGGCCUUCUGAGCACCCACCUAGAAAAACGCUGAGACACUCUCAAAAGAGGUAACCUGGAGUGGGGUCUACCUGGAUACAACAUCUAGAAGAAUCAUUUUUCCCACGUCUGUGGCCAGUUAAGACGAUGACGUCAGAAUACAUCUCACUGUUGAGAACUUCAUAUAGCAAUCUUCCUGUAUGAAAGCAUUUUUGUAGCAUAUCAAGUUUGAUCAAAUAGUUACAGAUUAGGGUUGAUCUAAAUAGUGAACAGGCCUACAUGGUUAUAGCCAAAAAAACCCUCAAAUCACAUUACUUGUAUUUAAAUAUUUUGGAUUAUGGAACUAAUUAGGCCACAGUAGAGAGAUUUCCUUUUGCAAGUAAUCCUUAGUUUUAGGAGUCUUAAAUUGGCAUUGAAACAAGGACAGCAUGAAUGCCAGAUGGCUGUUGCCAAACUUGAGGGCUGAUACCAUGGGAAAUAAAGAUUAGGUUUUUUUAAACACUUGCUUUGUAUGGAGAGCUUUAUGUACCAUUUAUUAAGUAGUUGCUUGUGUUAUAUCUGUAUGUAUGGGGAAAAAGCUACCAUUUUCAUAUCUUCUUGCUAUUUUUUGUUACUCAUUUGCUUUUUAAAUAGAACCCUCCUGUCGUGAUUCCUUGCUCAGAACCCUGUGAGUUAACUGAGUUUGGAUGAUGUUCUAUCUCACUGCAGAUGUACCCGGCAUUGCUUGGGUCCUUAACUGUGGUAGUUUUUUAAAAAAUGUAAAAGAAAAAUAUGCAUGCCUUAUUUAAAUGAUGGGGCACAAAUGGGAGUGCAGGGAUCAGAGCAGGGGAUGGGGGCUCAGGACAGGAAGUGGGCAGUGCAGUAGUCAGUGGAAG